AUGACCAAGGAGUAUGGGAAGUCCAAGCCCUGUAAAGGGUGUAUGGCAGGUAUAAUUUUGCUGGUUGGAUUAGUGGGCAGUUGGAUUUUGAUCAGUGAAGUGCCGAAAGCUGGAAGUCUUCCAUGUCGAGUGUUUCGUGGCCGAAGAAAGUUUCACGACUCUAACUUGGAACGCAGAAGACGAAGUUCAGAGGCCCUUUACGAACUCCUGACGGACUCGCAAGAUACCUACUACGACGAAGAUUCGUGGACGUUGGGAACCACUCAUUUUUCAGAAAACACCUAUUCCCGUCAGCCAUACGUCGCAAACGGAUAUAUAGGCAGCCGCAUACCCAAUGUAGGGUUCGGCUAUGCACAAGACACCUUCAACAUUUGGAUUCCUGAUGGCUCCGUACCGGGAUCUCUGGAUAAUGGCUGGCCACUCAGAAACCGACGGUUUGCCGGCGCUUUCCUUUCUGACUUUUACGCCCUAGAGCCAAAACUCAACUCUACCAAUUUUCCAGAGUUGGACGAAAACGGAUAUUCCACCGCUCUUGCUGCAAUUCCACAAUGGACGGAUCUGAGUUUCUCUAUAAGAAACAACACUGAACUUUUUAAUGCCCAGAGCGUCCACGAGAGUCAGGUUUCUAAUUAUCGGCAAAAUCUCUCUAUGCUUACGGGCGAAGUAACGACAGAAUUGGAUUGGCUCGAUACUGUCCACGUAAAGUCCAAGGUUUUCGCCCAUCGAUUACUGCACCCACUAGGUGUUGUACAGCUGGAACUAUCUUUAAUCCCCAACAACCGCGGUAAAAGCCAGCAACUCGACUUGCAAUUAUUUGACGUCUUGAACCAUUCCACAUCUCAAAGAACAUACUUGAGAGAUUUAGGCUAUGACUCUGACGGAAUUUAUAUGAUAGUUGAGCCAGACAAUGUUCCCUACUCAUCAGCUGCCAUGUAUUCGUCGCUGCAAGUAUCAUUCGCUGAGUCCAAUCUGGACGGAGUGGUGUACCAAGCAACAAAUACGUCUGUAACAAACAAGCGAUUUUUGCAGCUUACCACGGAAAAUCCCUCUGUCACAGUUACGAAAUAUGUGGGAGUCAUGUCUUCAGAGUAUGACCGCUACGAUAAGGUUUCAACAAAUUUGGAGAGUGCGAAGAGCAUAGUUCAUGAUAAUUUUGGGCAUCUCUACGAUCUAACCGCGUCGCAUCAAGAUGCAUGGGUUCACAUUUAUGCGAACGCCACUAUUGAAAUACCGUCAGACAGUUUACUUGAGUUAUCUGCGAGGUCAUCCGUUUUCCAUUUGUUAAGCAAUACUCGGAGGUUCAAUGUCUCACAAGAGCGUGGGUUGCCUGUACCAGCAUCUGGCCUCAGCUCAGAUUCGUACGCCGGAUUAGUGUUUUGGGACGCUGAUCUUUGGAUCAUGCCCGCUCUUCUACCAUUCUUUCCCGAAAUCGCACGGCAUUUGGUCACUUACCGGAAAUCGAUGCACGACCAAGCUAGGAUGAAUGCCCGCGAAAACGGUUACCCAGGCGCUCUUUAUCCUUGGACGAGUGGAAGAUUUGGGAACUGCACAUCUACUGGUCCUUGCGUGGAUUAUGAGUAUCAUAUCAACAUUGACAUUGCAAUGGCCUCAUUUCUCAUUUAUUUGAAUGGUGCUAACGGCAUCGACGACGAGUAUCUAAGGAACACCACUUGGCCUUUGGUAAGAGAUGCAGCCACCUUUUUCACUGCAUACGUGCAAUAUAAUCCAGAUCUCGAUGCGUAUGAGACGCACAACAUGACAGAUCCUGACGAGUUCGCUAACUUUGUGGAUAAUGGAGCAUUCACUAACGCUGGAAUUAAGACUUUGCUCAAAUGGGCUACUGAUAUCGGCAACCAUUUGAAGGAAGAUGUUGACCCCCAAUGGAAGGAUGUUCAGAAAAAGGUGCUGAUACCAGUUGCAGAAUCAGACAUAACACUGGAAUAUUCGGACAUGAAUUCCUCUGUCGAGAUCAAGCAGGCUGACGUUGUGCUGAUGACAUAUCCAUUGGGUUACAUUACGGAUGAAACAAUUCUGAAAAAUGCAAUCAAGAACCUGUAUUAUUAUUCAGAGCGUCAGUCGGCUUCUGGGCCCGCGAUGACUUACCCAGUUUUCGUAGCGGCGGCAGCAGGAUUGCUAAAUCACGGCUGCUCUUCUCAAAGUUAUCUGUACAAGUCAGUGCUACCUUACGUGAGAGCGCCGUUCCUUCAAUUUAGUGAACAGAGUGACGAUAACUUUCUAACUAAUGGUCUAACACAGCCUGCUUUCCCAUUUCUUACCGGAAACGGCGGGUACCUGCAAAGUAUUCUGUUUGGUUUAACAGGUUUACGUUACUCGUAUGAGACAGACGAGACUACUGGUCGAAUGACAAGGUUCUUAAAAUUCAACCCUACAAGGCUCCCGCUUCUUCCAGGGGGCUUUAAAAUAACAGAUUUCAAAUACAUGGGACAAGUUUUCGAUGUUGUAGUGGGGGAUGAAAAUGCUACAAUCACCCACAAAUGCGGUGAGCAACCUAUAAAGAUAAAAGUACUGGAUCGAAAUAUUAUUCACGACCGACUCGUGAUGAAUCCCGAUGCUUCCAAAAGGGAACCGCAUGGUGGGCUACCGGUGACGCAUAUCAUUUUAGAGCCCGGUCAGAAUAUUUCUGUCAAAUUGUUCAAUCCGCUUUUAAACAUCGACAAUAAUAUCGCAGAGGGGAAACAAGUGACAAAUUUCACCGCCGGGGUGGCAGGCGAUGUCAUUUACUCUUUGACAGAUGGCAACAAUUUCACGCAUUGGCAGCCGCUUCGGAAAAAUGAGAAUGCCAGAAUCCUGAUCGAUCUUGGGGUGGACAACAAGCACACUUUAACGGGCGGCACCAUAUUGUGGGGAAAACGGCCUGCCCAAAACAUUUCGAUUUCUGUGUUGCCCUACGCUGGAGAUAUAGAAGCGGCACUUUGUAAUGCUUCUUCAAUCAUCAGGAGAUCGGGACCUGAUACAGAAACGGAAAUUAUGGGCAUUUCAGGCCCCGCUGGGGACGUGAAGUCAAAACUCAAAGAGAGAAAAGAGACGGUUUUCGAUAUCACGGAGGCCGAAGAGGACUACCGGUGGGAGUUAUUCCGGUCGCAGCGUCUUGACAUUGGCCAACUGUCGAAGCUAUCGCCCGAUUCAACGCUUCUGAAGUCCAAAUUCGUCACGAUUCUACGCAAUUUGAAAGUGGAGCCGUCACUUCCUUACACGCACGAUGACGCAUAUGCGAACCGGAUCGAGAUCCCACGCUCCAAUAUCACAAAUUUUGAUUUCAGCUAUGAAAACUGUACCACUAUGGGGAACCAAGGCUGUCCACCACCCCGAUUUGUCGUGGUCAGUGUGCACGGUACUUUCGAUCAAGACGAUGAUUCUAGAGGCGCAACAAUCAAAGAAAUCGCACUAUUUUGA